CGGAAGUUAACGGGGGUUUCGCUCUUGCUGGGUGUAGUGUAUCUUUGUGUGCAGAGUGUGGAGGACACCUGUAUUUGAGGACAGGUAAGGCAGAAAGAGGGAACCACAAAAUGUCUUGGAUAAAAUAUCACAUGACGCUGCCUGUGUCAGUGGGGGUUCUGUUUGUGGGGCUCCCAUACUCCAUCAGUUUAGUUGCCCAGUGGAUUUACGGCUGGCCCACCAAGCCUGGAUAUAAGAAGUACAUAGAAGCUCUAAAGCCGAGGCGGAUAUACUGUUUGACCAUCGCUACACUUGAUCUUCUCAAAUACAUGCAGUAUGGGUGGCUGUACUUUCAGAUGAAGUCAUGGUAUAAAAAUAAAGCAAACUUUAAGCAUUAUGAAAAGGGCAUAGUUUUUGGCCGCAGAAGCAAUAAGAUGGACUUAUACCACUCUCCAAAUACGAUCAAAUCACCAGAUGUGCAAGCACCUCUGGUAGUUUUCAUUUACGGGGGUGCUUGGGGCUCUGGAGAAAGAUCCAUUUACUGUUUACUGGCCAGACAAAUGGCUGAAGAGCUGAAUGCAGCUGUCAUUUGUCCAGAUUACUCCACAUAUCCAAAGGGGAAUGUUUUAGGGAUGGUCCAAGAUAUUGUUGACUGUCUGGUUUGGGCCCAGGAAAAUGGAGAGAAGUUCAGCUUUGACAAAGACAACAUUGUCUUAAUUGGCCAUUCAGCUGGUGCACAUCUGUGUGCGCUCACCACACUGUUUCUCACUGAUGCCAGAGAGGAGCUGUUCAUAGAGUCUAAAAAGCUGCAGGACAUUACACCUUCAAUAAAAGGGGUGAUUGGCCUCAGCGGUGUCUACAAUAUCAUGGACCAUUACGAGCAUGAGAAGAAGCGAGCAAUAGAAUAUGUCUCCACCAUGCACAAAGCGAUGAACGGAGAAGAAAACUUUCCAUACUACUCCCCGACGCACUUAGUGAAGGAGCUCAGGCAGGACAAGCUCGAUAGGGUGCCUCCCUUCACUUUACUCCACGGGACCCGUGACAUCGUGGUUCCGGUCGAGUCCUCCACCAAGUUCUCGGAGCUGCUCACGUCGGGCUCCGUGAAGGUUUCCCUCUACCUGCUUCCAGGAGUCGGCCACACUGACAUCGUCACUGACCUCAUGCUGCCACACCGGCGCUACUACCAUACCAUCUACAGCUGCAUCAAACGGGAGUUCAGGAAGCUCCUGGGUGCCUGCUGACGUCCUGUCAGUCUGUCAUUCCCUGGAAUAAAAAAACACGCAGUAUUUUAAUGACAGUGCCAAACCCAGUCUGAUUACAAUAUAUGCUCUAAUACCUCAAAGUGAAUCAAAUUUAACCUUGAUUUUAAGUUUCAUUUCAGAAUUAUAUAUAAUAUUUGUAGCAGUUUUAUAAUUGUGAGUAAAUCGAGUGCUUACUGAUUUUAAUCUAUAUACUGAAAUAAAUUGGUCAUUGUUUACAGUCAAGAUAACAUUGGUCUACGGUAAUCAUUUUCUUUGAAGAAACAGUGAACUUACAGGACUGUCUCAGAAAAUUAGAAUAUUGUGAUAAAGUUCUUUAUUUUCUGUAAUGCAAUUAAAAAAACAAAAAUGUCAUACAU